AUGGUUAAGCUGAGCACACCCCUUGCCCUCCUCGCCGUUGCUGUUGCCGGUGCCAUGGCUCAGGCCCCUGCGCCUGCCUCGAGUGCUGCUGCUGCGCCUGCCUCGAGUGCUGCUGCGCCUGCCUCGAGUGCUGCACCUGCGCCUGACUCGAGCGCUGCCCCUGCUCCUCAGCCCAGCUCAGCUCCUGCCGCUGGUCAGCAGGGUGGUGACAACAAGAACGGUGGUGCCCAGACUAUUGGUGACACGUCGACUGCUGUUUGCUCGGCUCUGUUUGGUGACCCCAAGGUUCACCCGUACGACUGCAAGGCUCCAAAGACUGUGGUGCCGCCGUACAACCUUUCGUCGCUUGUGAGCUACUUCGUGGGUGGCUACGAGCACAAGCGUGGCGAUGCCGCCAUGGUGUCGGAGGUCGCUGAUGACUUGGCUGACUCGGUCCUGCACUACUACCCGACUGUGACCCAGUCGAAGGAAUACAUCGUGUACGCCAUGUACCAGGGUAUCCUUUCGAGCAUCCACGAAGAUGACCCGAAGUUCGCUCCCGUUGACAAGAUCAAGCCGCCGCCGGGUGUGCCUGCCGGCGCUGCUGAGCGCUACGCUCUUCCUGGUGCCAUGGCCGUGGCCGCUGCCGUGGUUGGUGGUGCCGUUCUUCUUUAA